AUGGGGGCCUUGAAGACAGCAGUGAAUCGUGGCCGCCUGAGCAGCUUGCUAGCCCAGCAGUGGCAGCACCCCUCCCCACCUCGUUUUCAGAGCAGCGUAGCCCUCCCCAGACUCUACACCCACAUCCAGUCUUCCUUUUACAUCGUGGCCAAAGACCACAUAUUCCGGCUAUGCAACGGGGCACCUCCUCCAAGAUUUGGAAAAGUCGUCUCUGCUCAUGGUCCAGACACCAGAGCCCCAGCCUUUCCAGCUGGCCCCCGCCGCGGUCUCCGCUCCACCGAAACCCGCUGCGUUCACACCGCGGGCGACCUCUCUGCAGCGACAUCUAGCGGCCACCCCGCAGCCACUCCCCUCUCCGCUGAGUCCAAGCCGGAAACUCACCCUGCGCUCCAGACCCGGGUCCUAGGGCUUCAAGACCUCACCCCUCCUGCAUCUCAGCUCUUCCUGGCCCGCCCCUGA